GUGAAAAAGAGAGCGAGACUCCGUCUACAUCACUGAUCACAAGAGUGACAGGGGAAGCAGCAAUAGUGGUUGCUAUUUUUCACCAAAUAAUUUCCCCCCUGUAGAGAGAGAAAGGAGAGCCAAGGGGUUUUGAACUGUUAUAGAGAGAGAGAGAGAGAAAGAAGAGGCAUUUGAAUUGCUGAUGUUUUUGGGUUUGAGACAGAGAGAGAGAGAGAAAGAGGAGAUGGAGAAGGGGUUGACUGGAUUAUUGAGGGUUCAAGUGAUUAGAGGAGUGAAUUUAGCUGUCAGAGAUCUCCUCAGCAGUGAUCCCUAUGUCAUCCUCUCCAUGGGUAAACAGAGAUUGAAGACUCGAGUGAUCAAAAGGAACACCAAUCCUACAUGGAACGAAAAUUUGACACUUGUAGUCUCUAAUCCCAUCAUGCCAAUCAAGUUUAGAGUUUAUGACAAGGACACAUUCAGCCGGGAUGACAAGAUGGGUGAUGCCGAGCUCGACAUUCAACCGUUCAUGGAAGCCGUAAACAUGGAUCUGAAAGGGGUCCCAAGUGGUACCAUUAUCCGGAAACUUAUACCGAGUAGGCAAAACUGCUUAGCCGAAGUGAGCUGCAUAAGCUGGGAGGUUAACACAGUCGUACAAGAUGUAUGCCUCAGACUCAGAAAUGUGGAGCGUGGGGAGGUGGAAUUGCAAUUGAAAUGGAUCCCUGUUCAACGUGAGAUGAUUUCAUGAACCCAAUUUUUACACCCCUACUUAUAUUGAUGCGCAUGUCUAUGCAUCAAUUGCCACUCUAUAUAUGUAAUAUGCAUUCCCAUACGCAUACAUCACAGUAUAGGUUGGUUGCAAUUUGAACCUUAUCAUUGUAACAUAUUCCAUGAGAGAGUUUGAAAAAAAAAAAAUCAAAUUCCAUUA